UGAAUCGCACGCUGACGCUCUCCCCAGCGUGAGCAAGUGGGGCUAAGCUACGCUAUGAGCUAAAGGCUGCUGCUUUAAUUACGGACACAUUUCACGACUGAAAAAAAAGUUCAGCGGCUGCAGAGUCACCUGAAAGGUUAGUAUCAUGGGUGAACCGCAGCAGGUCAGUGCCCUGCCUCCUCCGCCUAUGCAGUACAUCAAGGAGUACACAGAUGAGAACAUCCGCAAAGGCCUGGCCCCGAAGCCGCCGCCGCCCAUCAGAGACAGCUACAUGAUGUUUGGCAACCAGUUCCAGUGCGACGAACUGAUCAUCCGGCCUCUGGAGAGCCAGGGCAUCGAGAGGCUCCAUCCCAUGCAGUUUGACCACAAGCGAGAGCUGAAGAAGCUCAACAUGUCCAUUCUCGUGAACUUUCUGGACCUGCUGGACAUUCUCAUCAAAAGCCCCAGCAGCAUAAAGCGAGUAGAGAAACUGGAAGACAUAAAGCUUCUGUUUGUUCAUAUGCACCAUCUGAUAAACGAGUACAGGCCACACCAAGCCAGGGAGACGCUGCGGGUGAUGAUGGAGGUGCAGAAAAGACAAAGACUGGAGACAGCGGAGAGGUUCCAGAAACACCUCGAGAGGGUGGUGGAGAUGAUCCAGGGCUGCCUCGCCUCGCUACCUGACGAUUUACCUCAGAUGGAGGGGCCAGAUGGCAGUUGUGAAGGGGUAAAGAGUGCAUCCACAUCGACUGGCGUUGGUUGUUCCUCUGGACUGACUCCCAGGCUGAAAACAGAACCCAUGGAUGUCGAGGAAACGGGCGCCAGCUGUAUGGCAGCUGGUCACCAGGACAAGAGCAGCCCGACCUCCAGGAGGGACAAGAUGUUGGACAAAGAUGCAGCCAUGUGCAGCAUUAUCGAUGAAAUAGCUUAAAUUUUCAGUGUUUCUGGUCAUGGACCCAACAGUGUGUUAUACUGUCAUUACUGUGUGCGAGUGUGAACAUGUCUGCUAUGUUUUCGUCUGGUCUGUGAUCAAGCAGGGAAUGGUGCUUUAUUUAAAAUAGAUCACAUUUUGUUCCCUGUCCAUAUAAAACAGCUCAUUCAAUUUUACGUAGAUAAUUUAGGAAAGCUGUAUUUUUUUUUCUUUUUUAAUUUUGUGUGUAUUUGAAACCAUUAAAUAAAUUUGUACAAUGCGA